AAAAAAACAGAAACUCAACAGAGGAACCCUAACCCGUUAAAUCAAAAAGCCCUCCCCCGAAUCCACUCUUUUCGGCGAAGCUAUACGACUGUGAACCUACGUAGGAACGGUGGACCAGACAUCGGCGCGUAAGGAGAACGUCGAGGCCUACUAAUCUUCUUCAUUGAAAUGCUCUACUGAUUUUCAGUCUGCUUGAAUUAAAGCUGUGCUGCCUUUUAAUAUAUGGUAAGAAAAUGAGUUCACGGAAGAAGACACCUUUCCAGAAACACCGCGAAGAGGAAGAGGCUAAGAAAAAGAGAGCUGAGGAUGAAACAGCUCGUCUAUAUCAAGAGUUUGUGGAGUCAUUCCAAGUUGAUGAUGUACCUGGUUCAAAGGCAUUUGUUAGAGGAGGGGUCAUCAAUCCCAAUGAGAAGUUGAAGAAUGAUUCUGAAGGUGGAAAUUCCAACGAUGAGGGUUCUGGUUUAAAGAAGGGGAGUAGGUAUGUACCAUCUUUCAUACCACCUCCUAUGGCAACUAAGAGUAGAGAUUAUGAAAAGAAGAAGGAGGAGAAGCCCAGGGAAAAAGAAAAAGGAAAAUCAAGGAAUAUUGAUAAUUUUAUGGAGGAAUUGAAACAUGAACAAGAAAUGAGGGAAAGGCGAAAUCAAGAGCGUGAACAUUGGCGUGACCGACAUACUGAUAAUUCUACUCCAUCUAGUCGAUUUGAUGAGCUUCCAGAUGAUUUUGAUCCCAGUGGAAGGCCUGGAUCAUUUGAUGAUGGGGACCCGCAAACCACAAAUCUUUAUGUUGGAAAUCUAUCACCUCAGGUUGAUGAAAAUUUCCUUUUGCGCACUUUUGGGAGAUUUGGACCUAUUGCAAGUGUCAAAAUAAUGUGGCCCAGGACAGAAGAGGAAAGAAGGCGGCAAAGGAAUUGUGGGUUUGUAGCUUUCAUGAAUAGAGCUGAUGCUCAAGCUGCAAAAGAUGAGAUGCAGGGAGUGGUUGUAUAUGAGUAUGAGUUGAAGAUUGGGUGGGGUAAAUCUGUCUCUCUCCCAUCACAAGCUCUACCUGCUCCUCCCCCGGGACAUAUGGCCAUCAGGAGUAAGGAGGGUGCCACUGUUAUUUUGUCUGGUCCAUCAGGUCCUCCAGUCACUUCUGUACCAAGUCAGAAUUCUGAGCUGGUUUUAACUCCAAAUGUACCUGAUAUUACUGUUGUUCCACCUGAUGAUGAUCACCUGCGCCAUAUCAUUGAUACAAUGGCUCUCUAUGUUCUUGAUGGAGGUUGUGCCUUUGAGCAAGCCAUAAUGGAGCGAGGUCGUGGAAAUCCCCUCUUCAGCUUCUUGUUCGAGCUUGGCUCCAAGGAGCAUACUUACUAUGUUUGGAGGCUUUAUUCAUUUGCUCAGGGAGAUACUCUUCAACGAUGGCGCACUGAACCUUUCAUUAUGAUAACUGGUAGUGGCAGGUGGAUACCACCCUCUCUGCCAUCAGCAAAAGGGAUUGACCAUGAGAAGGAAGGUGGAAGCACAUAUGCUGCUGGAAGAAGCCGGCGUGUGGAGGUGGAACGUACACUGACAGAUGCACAGAGAGAUGAGUUUGAGGAUAUGCUUCGUGCAUUGACACUAGAAAGAAGCCAGAUAAAAGAUGCAAUGGGUUUUGCUUUAGAUAACGCUGAUGCUGCCGGAGAGGUGGUCGAGGUUUUAACGGAGUCUCUGACACUUAAAGAAACUCAACCACCAACUAAAAUUGCACGGUUAAUGCUGGUCUCUGACAUUCUUCAUAAUAGUAGUGCUCCUGUGAAAAAUGCAUCUGCUUACCGCACCAAAUUUGAAGCUACUUUACCAGAUGUAAUUGAAAGCUUCAAUGACUUGUAUCGCAGUAUUACAGGUCGAAUGACGGCUGAGGCCCUUAAGGAGAGGGUUCUGAAAGUUCUUCAAGUAUGGACUGACUGGUUUUUGUUUUCGGAUGCUUAUGUCAAUGGCUUGCGGGCAACCUUUCUUCGAUCAGGCAAUUCUGGUGUAAUCCCCUUUCAUUCUCUAUGCGGUGAUGCUCCUGAGUUAGAACAGAAAGGCAGUUCCAUGGACACAGUUGAUGGUGUUAAAGUUAAUCCGGAUGCUGCAUUGGCUAUUGGGAAAGGAGCUGCCAUGAAGGAGCUUUUGAAUCUCCCUCUUCCAGAGCUAGAAAGGCGGUGCAGGCAUAAUGGUUUGUCUCUUGUAGGUGGUAGAGAGAUGAUGGUUGCUCGAUUACUUUAUCUUGAAGAGGCAGAAAAACAGAGAGGCUAUGAACUAGAUGAUGAAUUGAAACAUGGGAGCCACUCAAGUUCUGGAAAACAUUCUAAUAGCCGGAAAGAGACUAGUGAAUUAGAUCAAUUGGGCUUGUCAGGUUGGAAUAGUUAUGUGGAUGAAAGCAUACAACAAAAACGCAACGAAUCUCUGCAGUCACCCCCGAGAACUCAAACUACACAGCCUGAAUCAAUUGCUUUGUCAAAUGAGGUAAAAAAUGAUCCUAUUUUGCCAUCCUCAAAAUGGGCUAGAGAGGAUGAUGAAAGUGAUGGCGAAGAGAAAAAGAGCAACAGGGAUUUGGGGUUGACAUACUCAUCCUCUGGGAGUGAGAAUGCUGGUGAUGGUACCGGUAAGACUGAUGAGGCAGAGCUUACAACUGAAGCAAGCAACAUAUCACAUCUUGAAACUGGAAUAAAUGAAGAACAGAGACAAAAGCUGAGGCGUCUUGAAGUUGCUUUAAUUGAAUAUCGAGAAUCUCUUGAAGAGCGAGGGAUAAAAAAUACUGAAGAAAUUGAGAAGAAAGUUGAAAUCCAUAGACGACGUCUACAAUCUGAAUAUGGUUUACUGAACUUCAACGAAGACGCUUCAAGGAAAUCCAUCAGGUCAUCCUUGGAGAGAAGAGAGAGAAGAAAUGAGCCUCAGGAAGCAUCAAGGAAGCGUCACAGGAGUCGAAGCAGAAGCGAGAGCCCACCGCGGAAAUCUUCCAGCAGAGACCGGGAUAAGGAAAGUGAUUUGAACAGAGACCGAGAACGGCGCCGCGAGAGGGAAAGAGUUCAUGAUGUAGAAAGCGAUAAGCAAAGGGACAGGAAAAGCGGAAGCAGGGAGAGGGACGACCACGAUAGAGACAGGGCCAGGGAGAGAGAACGAGAACGAGAAAGGAGAAGAGUAAGAUAAAAGAUGAUAUCAGUGACAAGAAUAGAAUCACAUCAAAUCAUCCCUGUUCUGGCUAGCAACAGUUGGUGCACCAACAUUAACAACACACCUUGUACUUGGAGGUCAGAACAAUUUCAUAAUGAGCUAUGACCGUCUCGAGGUGAGUGCAUAACGGGGCCCUGCAUGGUAUGAUGAACAUAUUGGCUCCUUUUCAUAGGAGUCCGAUGAGAGGCAGAACGUGUUUAAGCAUCGAAUGUAGUUAGUUAUUAUGUACUUGAUUAUAAGAAUGUGGAGUUUAUGCUCGAAGUAUGUCCUUAUGAUUUUGUCGUGUCCGACUCUUGUUGUUAACUGAUACUUUUUGCCCUUUGUGAAUCUAAUCUUUAGACAGACUUAUGUACUCCAGUCUCCAUGUCGUCUGUCCUUAAAUGUAUAACGUGGUAGGCUUUUUGUUUUAAUGCCCAAUGGGGAAAAUCCUAAAUGUGUAGUCUUUUGGGAUUUUUGAAUUUAGUUCCUCUACUUGUGGAGAGAUGAAUAAAAUACUUUUUUUGUAGUA